UGCUCGGGGGGUCCAGGCCCGGAGGCGGAAGAGCAAAGUUGGGGACGUGACUGCGCUGCUUUCCAAACCCGUGGGUCCUGGGGCUUUCCCCUUCCGGGCCACGUGUAGCUCAUCGCUAGAAAUAAGCAGGUUAAGGUUGCUUCCAGCACCAAGUCGACCGUUAAGCUUCCUUCCCCAGAGUCAUUCCAUUGCACUCUGCUUUACACCGCCCUCACUCACUGAACGCGUAGGAGCCUUUCGGAAGGACAGAACACUUGGAGAAGAUCCCAACCCUCGGGGAAAACGAGGGAGCAGACAACCUUGUGUGUGUCCAUUCUGGAGAGAGUUCUCCAAGCAAUGGAACCAGUCUAUGUGGCCCGAAACCUUAGGGAAGAACUGCACAGGGGACUGUCUCACCCUGAUGAUGCUGUAGUAAUCCUCACUCUAUCCCAGGUUGGAAGAAUUGUAGAAAAUUCAGAGGCCGUUACUGAGGUUCUCAAUAGUCCUGAAUUACUGAAGGAAAUAAUUUAUUGCAUUGGUGCAGAAAAAUUGUCUGUAGCAAAAGCGGCCAUCAAGUCACUGUCAAGAAUAUCCUUAACUCAAGCUGGAUUGGAGUCUUUAUUUGAAAGCAGUUUGCUAGAUGAUUUGAAACAUGUAAUGAAAAUAAGUGACAUUGUACGGUACAGGGUCUAUGAGCUGAUUGUGGAGAUUGCCUCUGUGUCACCAGAAUCCUUAAAAUACUGUACCAGCAGCGGAUUGGUAACCCAGCUCAUUAGAGAAUUGACUGGUGAAGAUGUGCUAGUCAGAGCCACCUGUAUAGAAAUGGUGACAACACUGGCAUAUACUCAUCAUGGACGUCAGUACCUUUCCCAAGAAGGAAUAAUUGAUCAAAUUUCUAAUAUCAUAGUUGGGGCAGAUUCAGAUCCUUUCUCCAGUUUCUAUUUGCCAGGAUUUGUCAAAUUUUUUGGUAACUUGGCAAUAGUGGAUAGUCCUCAACAGAUCUGUGAACGAUACCCAAUCUUUGUAGAAAAAGUCUUUGAAAUGGCAGAAGGUCAGGACCCCACCAUGAUAGGAGUAGCAGUGGACACCCUGGGGAUCCUGGGCUCAAAUGUGGAAGGAAAACAGGUUUUGCAAAAAACAGGAAGUCGGUUUGAACACCUGCUAAAGAAAAUAGGACACCAGGCAAAGAAUGCUUCAACAGAACUAAAAAUUAGGUGUUUGGAUGCGAUUUCAUCUCUUCUUCAUUUACCACAUGAUCAACAGACUGAUGAUCUCCUAAGAAUGACAGAAUUCUGGUUUUCGUCUUUAACUCGAGAACCACUGGAACAUUUUAGGGGAAUCAGCACCCAACCUUUCCCUGAAUUGCAUUGUGCUGCAUUAAAAGUGUUCACAGCCAUUGCAAACCAACCCUGGGCUCAGAAACUUAUGCUUAACAGCCCAGGGUUUGUGGAAUACAUUGUGGAUCGGUCUGUGGAACAUGACAAAGCUUCAAAAGAUGCCAAAUAUGAACUAGUGAAAGCCCUUGCAAACUCGAAAACAAUUGCAGAAAUCUUUGGAAAUCAAUAUUAUUUAAGACUAAGAACUUACCUGAGUGAAGGCCCAUACUUUGUGAAGUCUGUUUCAACUACAGCUGUGGAAGGAGCAGAAUGAAUUCCACAAAAUUCAGUUUAGGGGACCAAUCUUCAUGACUAAGACAUCUUCCAAAGACCUUUGGGGUUUUUUGGGGGUCUUUUUGUUUUGUUUUUUGGGGCUUUUUUGAUUUGUAUGUAACAUAACAGAGAGGAAAUACUUCUAGAUAUAAUUGCACUUUUAAAAAAAUUAUGGUUUGUUUAAGGUAGACUAACAACUAUGCAUUUGUUGUUGCUGUAUUUGAAGUAUUGUGGAACGGGUUUGGAGCUCUUUGAUUGCAAAAAGAAAAAAGUUCUAUAUUGUAGGAGAUUUUGGUCAUUAUUUGAACUAAGUAAAAAUUUUUCUCCUUCCCUUUAUAGACAUGAUCUUGCCCAGACUGCAUAUAAUUAAAUAUAUACAUAUACACAUGCAUAUAUCUGUAUAGAUAUGUAGGUAUAUAUGCAUACACAUGCACUUAUGUGUGUGUACAUAUACACACACACACAUACACAUAGUCACAUUUGUGACUAUAUAUAUAUAUAUAUAUAUAUAUAUAUAUAUAGUCACAGAUGCUGGGAAAUUCUUUGUCCUAGAGAUGUCUAAAUAGAAAAUGCUCCCUGCCAUGAAGAAUCCUGCUUUAUUCAAAAGAGAGAAGCAAGAUAUAUUGGGAAUUCUCUUCCACUCCUGGCAAACCUUUAUGUUCUUUAUCCCAUUACCUCCUCACUGGAUGUGCAUAUUCUUUAGAUAUAAAGCACUGUGGACCCCUACAAUUAUGUGUUCUCAUCUUUAUAAUGCAGGUAAACCAUUUUUAGUAAGGUUGCUUUGGUGAGCUUUUGAGAUAAGUUUUUAUAAUUGUUGUCCUUUCUAAGAAAAUGAGACAUUCUGUGACAUAAGGAAAAUCCAGGGGGGUGGUGGGAAGCCCUUCCAAUUUGAAAUUUUGUUUUGAUAACUCUUUCCUAUAACUAGUGAAUUGCAUAUGUUCUGUUUUUAUAUCUGUGACUUUUCCCGCUUUUUUCUCAUUUCACUUGAUUAAAAAAACUCCCUGGCAACACCUGCUGAAGAUGCAUUCUUACUGUACAGCUUCUGUUCCUUAUAAAGUACUUGGAUUCAUUAAGUGUUAAAGUUGGAAGUGACCUGGCACUCAGUAUUUCUCUAACAGGUACUAGGCUUGAGUUAUUAGACCCUGGAUAUUAGAGUUAGAAGGGACUGUAGCCAUUUUCCCCCAUCGCCAUUAACCAUUCACCUAUUUAGUACCUUGCCCAGUGCCCUUGCAAAGUGAUUUGCAAACCUUAAAGCUCCAUUUAAAUAUUAGCUAUUAUUUAGACUGGAUAACCUCUGAAGUCUCUUCUGGCUCUUAAUAUCAUGUAUUCCUAGUACUUUACUCCUAGUUAGUUCUUUUCCAUCCUAUAUGAGAAAUACUGUGUGCCAAGAGCAAAUGAAUGAACUAAUUGUAUCCUGUUUGUAUUGUGGGGUCUGUUUGGGAAUUAAUUGAAAAACUUCUGUUGACGAUUACUAGCAUAGGAGGUAAAUGUGCUAACUGCAGGAACUUGUGCUCUAUAAGAAUAAAAUUAAGAUUUCU